AUGGCAGAAAUGCAAAAAUUGCAAGGACUAGACAUUGGGUAUCACAAGGCGUGGCGUGCUAUUCAAUGUGCUUCUGCUUUAAUAAGAGGAACUCCUGAAGAGAAUUAUGAAUUAUUGUCUUCAUACUUGUAUAUGAUGAGAAGUAAAAACCCGGGAACAUAUACUAACAUAAAGAUAGACUACAACAACAGGUUUUUUUAUAUGUUUUAUACAUAUGGAUCAUCAUUAUCUGGUUGGAAUCAUUGUAGACCAGUGAUUGUUGUUGAUGCAACUUUUUUGAAGUCAAAAUUUCAUGGUGUUUUAAUGAUUUCAGUUUCAAAGGAUGCAAAUAACCAAAUUUUCCCACUAGCCUUUGGAAUAGCAGAAUCUGAAAAUAACAAUUCCUAUGAGUGGUACUUUAGUGAGCUUCGCAAUGCAAUUGGGAGCCGUGAGAAUUUAAUUUCUUUAUCAGACAGGCAUCAAGCUAUUGCAUAUGCCAUCGCAAAGGUAUAUCCUGAAAGCCACCAUGGGAUUUGUAUCUAUCAUUUGGAGCAGAACCUAAAGCGAAGGAAAGUGAAAAGUGAGGUCAUAAAACUUUUUCAAACUGAUGCAAGAGUAUACAGGCGCAAAGAAUUUGAUCUUUACAUGUCAGAUAUAGCAAAGGUAGAUAAGAAGACUUAUGAUUACUUGAUGGAAGAACCACCGGAAAUGUGGGCAUGUUCUUGUAGUCCACGAUGA